CUGGGUUUUCACCGCGCCGCUCCCGAAGCAGAGCUCGCGAAAGGUUCCUUGGCAACCUGGGAGGAAUCCAGCCGCAACCACAGGCUCUUCCUUUCCCCUCCCACCGCCUCCUACUGCGGGCGCCGGGGGCGGAGGCUGCCAGCCCAUUAUAAAAAGCUACCGAAGCUGGUGGCGGAGGGACUCGGAGCUGCGACGCUGCCCAGCAUCCGAGCCCACCGGAUUCCUACACUCCAGCCAUGGUUCCCUCGCCUCUCGCGUGGCUGCUGCGCCUGGCCGCGUUCUACCAUCUAUGCACCCCGCUGGCGGGUCAACACCUCGGCGUGACGAAAUGUAACAUCACAUGCCACAAGAUGACCUCACCAAUCCCUGUGGCUCGGCUCAUCCACUACCGGCUGAAUCAGGAAUCCUGCGGCAAGCGCGCCAUCAUCUUGGAGACGAAACAGCACAGACACUUCUGUGCUGAUCCAAAGGAGACAUGGGUCCAAGACGCCAUCAAGCACCUUGACCGCCAGGCCACUACUCAGCCUCAGAACAGGGCCAAGUUUGAGAAGUUGGUCAAUGUGACACCUGGGAUCACCCUGGCCGCCAGGGGACUGUCCCCAUCUGCACUGGCAGAGCCUGAAGUCACAGUGGAAGGCCUUACUUUGGAGCUGACUACUAUUGCCCAAGAGGCCCAGAGGCCCAUGGGGACUUCCCAGGAGCCGCCAGCAGCAGUGACUGGAUCUUCUCCCUCUACUUCCAAGGCUCAGGAUGCAGGGCUUUCAGCCAGGCCUCAAACUACUGGGAUUUUUGAGGAGUCUGCUGUCUCUACCACCAUUUGGCAGAGUUCUGCUGUCUACCAAUCUGAAUCUAGGCUCAGGGCUGAGGAGAAGGCUACUGAGCCCCCAUCCACUACAGCCCCAUCUACCCAGGCACCCACCAUUUCCCAUUCAACCCCGGAGGAGAAUGUUGGGUCUGAAAGCCAGCCCCCAUGGGUCCAGGGACAGAGCCCCAGUACAGAGAAGCCUCUAGGGCCUGAGGAAACAAAUCAAGCUCAUACUGAUGAUUUCCAGGAGAGGGGGCCUGGCAACAUAGUCCAUUCCUCAGUGGCCCCCGUCUCCUCUGAAGGGACCCCCAGCCGGGAGCUGGUGACUUCAGGCAGUUGGCCUCCCAAGGCAGAGGAGCCCAUUCAUGCCACUGCAGACCCCCAGAAACUGAGCGUACUUAUCACUCCUGUCCCUGACACCCAGGAAGCCACCCGGAGGCAGGCAGUAGGGCUGCUGGCCUUCCUGGGCCUGCUCUUCUGUCUAGGGGUGGCCAUGUUUGCCUACCAGAGUCUCCAGGGCUGUCCCCGCAAAAUGGCAGGAGAGAUGGUGGAAGGCCUCCGCUAUGUCCCCCGUAGCUGCGGCAGUAACUCGUAUGUCCUGGUGCCAGUGUGAGUUGCCUGCCUGCCUGCCUGUGUCCAUUGUUCGAUUCAGACAGCUGUCUGGGGACCCCCAUCCUCAUACCCACCUUCACCCAAAAUGAGGCAGUGGGAAUGGGGAGGCUGGGUCCUCCAGGAGCCACGUGCUCCAAGCCCCCAGUUGAGGCCCUGGAGGCCACCUUUUGCCAUCACCCCCUUAUCAGAGACAGCCGGUGACCUUCCAGCUCACCUAUAUUUGAAAGACUCCUCUGCUGCUGGCUGGUUGGAGGGGCCCUUGACACACCAACCCUAGUGAACAAUUAUUUAUUGAAUUCCCAGGCCCCAUGACACCUGUCUCCUGUGAGCACCGUAGUCCACCCAUCUCAAGCAGCAGGUCAGGCCCAUUUGCCUGUCCCUCUGACCUCUUCACAUCCUGGGUUUGCUGCACUUGCCAGCCCCUCCCCCUCCCUGGCCAGCUGCGGUGCUAUCUCUCCUAUCUCUCCCUGUCCCCUGUACAGAGCACAUUACCGUCAGCACCAUCACCACCACCAAUGCCCUGUUGUGUCCUUUCUUGCAUGAGGUUACCGCUGUGUCUCCUGGAGCUCUCUGGGAAGGGAGAUGAGCUAGCGUGGGAUUUUGCUGCACUCCUCCCCAGGCUGUGCAGUGACAGCAUGCUCCAUCUGAAGGUUGGGUCUAGACCCCACUCCUCCCCAGGCUGUGCAGUGACAGCAUGCUCCAUCUGAAGGUUGGGUCUAGACCCCACUCCUCCCCAGGCUGUGCAGUGACAGCAUGCUCCAUCUGAAGGUUGGGUCUAGACCCCACUCGGCCAUCUGCAGAACAAGGUGCCCCAUCUGUAACAGAAAAGAAGCGUGGCCCAGAGAUGGCAAUACCCCAUGGCCCUGAUGUCGUCACUUCCUCUGAGAUCCUUGUCCCCAUCCCUGGAUGCAGCCCCCAGCCCUUCUCCACGCCGACAGUCACUGCCAUCCCACUGGACUGACACCUUUGCACCCUGUGACUCUGAGGACGGGCAAGGGUGACUUGAGGGUUCAGGUCGUACCCUGUGGGCCCCUACAUGGAGGCUGAGUUGGGGACCUGCAGAACAGAGGCCAACUCAGAAGGUCCCUCUGUGUCCUCACUAGGCACCCCUACUCCACGCACCAAGAUGACAGCCACAGGUCCGCCCUGCCUGAAAGACAAGCCACAGAAGAGGAUGACGAGCCCUUGGGAGGCAGAGGAUCCAGGGUAAGCACCAGGAGCGGCCACACACCUGACUUAAGUUUAGGGACUUGAGCAUGUAUGUGCCCAGCCUUCAUGGUUCAGAGGCUGGGUCCUCUCUCAGCUCUGAAAGCACAGUUCACACCAAGGUCUCACCUUUGCCCCACUACAGGCAGGGCCAGAACUCCCAUAACAUUCUCUAAGAGUCCUGUGAAAAUUUCUGGAAGGGACUCUGCCCUGGGCACAAAGUGACUGCUAAAGCCUCCAGCAUGUCCAGCAUGGAACAGUUGGGCAAUACCUAUACUCCAAUAGCUGGAGCUGGACCUGCAGACCUUGCCCCCACCAGGGUCCUUGGUGGCAGCUCUCCCAACCCUACUCCUAAUAGCCCCAAUCCUCCACCUUCGGAGCCUCCCGUGGGCAGGUUUCACCCAGAAGUGACUCACUCCUUGGUAGGUAGAAACUCAGGACAGUUGGCUCUGUUCCAGAGUGAGGAAACCAGCCCCUCGAUGACCCUCCCUCCUGGAAAGUUUGUGGGAGGCUCUGGUCUGGCGCUGUGGGCUGGAGGAACAGCAGCCUGUGUGCACUUUGUCCUGGCUCCUUCAGUGUGGAGCCUUCAAGGGUUGGGGCGUCCACUUCCCUAUUGAGAAAGCUGCUGGGGCGUGUGUCCCCUUGUUAGACUUUGUGGGUUCUCCCCAACAGGAUGUGUUGCCAAGACAAUCUGGGGAGGACUUCGGAAGGAGUUGGUCAAUCCUUUGGCUUUUUCAAGCAUCAUUACCAAUGUCUGUGCCAUUUUGUAUUUUACUAAUAAAAUAUAAAAGUCUUGUGAAUCAAA